AUGUCACUCAAUGACAAAGAGGAGUCAGCAGCAGUGCAAAUGCAGUAUUGGUGGAGGAAACAUAUGAAGCACAGCGAGCAACUAUCUGAAAAAGCAAGAAAAAUCUCGGAAUGGCGUGGAUUACAAGAUAUCUCGCUCCACAAUACUGAACUUAUUGAGAAGCUGAAUGCGAUCCGGAGAAGAAAGGCUUACGAUCUGAUGAAGUACGAGCAUAUACUUCAACUGCCGGCUCGCAAAGUCGGGGAGUAUCUAGCAAAAGAAUCUGAAAAGCCUACGAAAUCGAUAAAGAACGAAAGCGAGGAUAUUUUGGAGAGAAUGGAAUACGAAAAGAGGCACAAAGCAGCAAUGGUCAUACAAAGAGCAUUUAGGAAGUAUCACAAGCGAAGAAUGGCUGAAGCAUACCUGCGCAAAUGCACAAAAAUAAGGCCACAGCGUAGAGUCGAACUGCUCGCUCAGAUCAAUGACCGUUUGAGUGAAAGAAAGAAUCUACGAAAGGAUCCAUUGAAUGUCAUCAAAGACAAGUUGGCACAGCACAAAUUGACUCGUGCGGGUGAUGCCGAAGCGUAUGCGAAGCGGCAGCUUGUGAUCCAAUCGAUGAAAAGGGAUAUCGCUGUGCUGAGCAGCAUCACCCCAGAAACCAAGAUCACACCAGAUCUUCUGAAAUGCCUCGGUUCGACAAGACCACUGGCAAACUACAAGGCAUCGAUGAAUCACGAGUCCGAGAUGGAGCGAAUCGACGACAAACUUCUUGGAUUUCAUCUAUAACGCCUGUUGUAUCUUCUUCUAUUUAUCUACCCGCAAAAACAAUUUUUUCAAAG